AUGAAAUCAAUUAACCUAACCUCUUUCUUUCUUUUUGUCUUUCUUUCUUUCUUUCUUUCUUUCUUCCUUUUCUUUCUUUCUUUCUUUAUUCCUUCUUUUUUAUUCUUUCUCCGUUCCUUUUCUUUCUUUCUUUUCAUUCACUCUCAUCUCGCUUUGUUUUUCCUUUUAAGUGUCACUUCUGGCUGGCAUCACGUUCACCAUUUUCUGUUGAAUGCAUCGCAACUCCCUACGCCAGAUGUGAGGCAGAAAUUUCAAUCCAUGAAUAUCUAUCUAUCUAUCUAUCUAUCUAUCUAUCUAUCUAUCUAUCUAUGUGUUCAUUUAUAUAAACGAUCUCAAUAUCUAUCUAUCUAUCUAUCUAUCUAUCUAUCUAUCUAUCUAUCUAUCUAUCUAUCUAUCUGUUUCUUUCUUUCUCGUUCUUUUUCAUUCUAUCUAUCUAUCUAUCUAUCUAUCUAUCUAUCUAUCUAUCUAUCUAAGUCUGUUGGGUCCUUUCUUUCCUUUAAAUAUGUUCGUUUUAUCUAUCUAUCUAUCUAUCUAUCUAUCUAUCUAUCUAUCUAUCUAUCUCUUUCUCGGUCAUUUUUUAUUCUAUCUAUCUAUCUAUCUAUCUAUCUAUCUAUCUAUCUCAGUCUGUUUCUUUCUUUCUUUUCCUUUAAAUAUGUUCGUUUUAUCUAUCUAUCUAUCUAUCUAUCUAUCUAUUUAUCUAUCUAUCUAUCUAUCUAUCUAUCUAUCUAA